AUGCGGCCCUCAGCACUUCCGAGUAGAUCAGCCCAGUCGUCUUCAGGCAAUGCCAAGUUGCGAGAGAAGAAGAGGGAGCUGGAGGCCGUAGCAGCUUUGGAGCGCGCUUCGGGUCUCGUUGCAGAACGGAUAGCGGAGCUCUGUCUGGAUGGGGAGAUCAUGGCGGACGCUGGAUUAGUGCACGGGCAAGUCCUAUCGCAAUGGGGAGAUAUGUUUGAUAUCCUUGAUCUUUUCUCAGUAUCGACAAGAGAACAGAGGCGCAGUGGAGAAGAGGACGAAUCACAUUCGACCGCACAAGGCGUGCAGUUAGUCCGCAUACCUGUGGAAGACCUGCAAGCUACGUCUAGCGACCACAAAGAUGGACAAUGA